GUGACGUUCUUGCUAAAGAGACAAGCACGGAAGCUAAUGUAAGUGACCCCAUGUUAGCUGCACAUGAAAAAUCAAACGGGUCGUUAUUACUUUUAUUGUGUGCACUGUUGGUUUAUUUUUGAUGUUGCGAACAUCGACCCGAACGUGUUGAAGGUUAGAUAACGCGGUGAAAUAUGUUUGGGCUAGCUAAAGGGAACACCUGUCAUAUGGUAGGCAUGUGGAGCAGACUAGCGGCAUGUACGGUGCGGAAUCUUUCCCAAACAGCCAGCAGAAAUACAGUUAUUGUCGAAAGAUGGUGGCAAGUUCCACUGUCUAAAGAAGGUAGCCCACCUCGACUCAAUCCACGACGUCACCGUGUGUACCGACUGGUCGAGGACACCAAACAUGCUUCUAAAGAGAAGAUGGAGCUCAUUCUUGCACAGACAGUGCCUAAGCUUGGAGGCCGGGGGGACACAGUGUUUGUGGCAAAAUCGUUGGGGCGAAAUAAGCUUUUACCUCAGGGCCUGGCAGUGUACCCCUCACCAGAGAACCGGGAGAUGUUUGUCUCAGAAAAAAGACAGCUGCUGGAAGGAAAGCCAGAGGACAGGAUUCAGACUCGCACUGGAGAAAAGACUGUGGAGUUCUUGAGGACUGCACAGCUUGAAGUUCCUAUCAACACAUCCAUGGACUACCAUAUAUCCAAGGAGAUUGUCUGCAGGUAUUUCAAGACAGAACUUGGGGUUGUAGUGCCAACGCAUGCCCUUACGCUACCAGAUGAGCCAAUCACCACUGUGGGGCAGACUUGGUGCGAAGUGACCGUCAAUGGGGUCGACACCGUCCGCAUUCCUAUAUCAGUCAAAUCUCAUGAGGAUUUUACACCCAGACAGCUGAGGAAACGAGGACAACAAGAACCGAGUCCAGAUACAAAAGAGGAAGGGUCUUCACCUGCGAAUGAAGACCAGAAUACACAAUCAUAGGCAGAACAUUAGCCUACCAGAAAGUGGUCAAAUGGACAGUUUCUCCAAAAAAGACAACAUGUCAUGAUAUCUAGGCUAUAACAUCUUGUUGGGUCUAUACAUGUAUUUUAUGCUGACUGGGGUGAUCUCAUGCGUGACCAUUAUACAUCAGGCCUAACAGCUUGUUUUGUCAAGAGAUGCAUCAGUUUCACACUCUGCAUCAAUAUAAUAGGUUACGUGGCAGAAACGACAAUGGGACUGACUUCUUACUUAACCAUGGCCUAAUGAGGAUUUUUGUGCUAUUAAAAUAUGUUGUCAAUGAUUUUCUGU